UAACUGCGAAGUGGAGAGGCAGUCGUUAUGUCAAAGGUGAUGACUACUCUGUCAUUGUGAUGUACGAUGUCAACGGCUUCAUAGCUGGAGUCCAAACAGCGGUAGCAAAGACACCUACAUACCCACCACUCAAACUGAAACCACCAUUUAUUGACGAUGAAGAUCGUUCAUUUCUAACUGUUUACUUUACAGACCCAGUAAAAAUAUGCACCACCGGCCGCUCUGCUGAACAGUUCGCCUCAGAGGGUACGGGUUCCAACUUAUACAUACAGAACAACACCUCGCCUGAAGCAAGCAUCCGGUUGUUUUCCACAGUAGAGGAAGCAGAAAAUACCAAACCCUGGACGAUAGCUUCAUGUCUGACUUAA